CUUGCCUGCUGGUGGCGCUGUGGCACAGCCCGGGAGACGUUCCGUUCAAAGAGCUGCGAGAAGGGGCGCUUCCUGUUUGGCUGGAUGCAGGAGCGGCUAUGGCGGCGGCGGGGAUAGGAGCUGGAGCGGUGCCACCGCUAGCAGUCGUGGGCCCUGUGCUCGGUGGGCCAGGGCGGCGGGGAGCUCGCAGAGGGCCGGUCAACAUCCUGGCUCAGCUCCGGCAUGCGCAGCUCAGUGGUCGGGGCCUGAUGCGGGGGCCGCAGCUCACAGAAGCUUUGUUAAAGGAAAGAGAUAAACAAGCGAAAUGGAAUGGAAUUCCUUUGCUCUUACAGAAGCUGUACAAGAACAGUCAUCCCAAUAGUGAUUUAUCCCAGUGCCAAGACAUCUUAAAGGACAUUUCUCCCCUCCUUUCAAUGGAAGCUAUGGCAUUUGUCACAGAAGAGAGAAAGACUGCUCAAGAAACCACUUUUCCAAAUACAUACACAUUUGACUUAUUUGGAGGAGUUGAUCUUCUGGUAGAAAUACUUAUGAGACCAACACUUAUUACACAGAAGAAGAAACAGAAAAUAGAUGAUGACCUCAUCAAGGAUUGUUUAAGCAUAUUGUACAAUACCUGCAUAUGUACUGAAGGAGUCACUAAACGACUGGCAGAAAGAAAUGAUUUUGUGUUGUUCUUGUUUACACUGAUGACAAAUAAAAAGACAUUUUUGCAAACAGCUACCCUUAUUGAAGACAUCCUGGGAGUGAAAAAGGAAAUGAUUCAGUUGGAAGAUAUUCCAGAUCUCUCCAGUCUAGUCUCUAGCUUUGACCAACAGCAGCUUGCAAACUUCUGCAGGAUCCUUGCAGUUACAAUUUCAGAGCUGGACACAGGCAGUGAUGACAAACACACUCUUCUGGCAAAAAAUGCUCAGCAGAAAAAGAACUUGGGUCCUUCUCGAGCAGAAAUUAAUCAAGCCACACUCCUCAAUAUACCAGGCUUCAUUGAACGACUAUGUGAACUAGCAACCAGAAAAGUAUCAGAAACAACAGGAGCUUCCAGUUUGCUACAAGAGUUGGAGGAGUGGUACACCUGGCUAGAUAAUGCACUUGUACUUGAUGCACUAAUGCGUGUGGCAGGUGAAGAGACAGAACAAAGUAGCACAGAAUCUUCAGAUGAGAGUGGAUUUGCCUCCACUUCACCAAGGAAUCAGCUUCCACAGUCCAUGAAGAUUAUGCAUGAAAUUAUGUAUAAGUUGGAAGUUUUGUAUGUCCUCUGUGUGCUUUUAAUGGGCAGGCAAAGGAAUCAGGUUCACAAGAUGAUUGCAGAAUUCAGAUUGAUCCCUGGUCUUAAUAAUUUGUUCGAUAAAUUAAUCUGGCGGAAGCAUUCAGCAUCAGCCCUUGUUCUGAAUGGCCAUAAUCAAAACUGUGAAUGUAGCCCGGAUAUUACGUUGAAGAUUCAGUUUUUAAGACUCCUUCAGAGCUUUAGUGACCAUCAUGAAAACAAGUAUCUGCUUCUAAACAGCCAAGAGCUUAAUGAACUGAGUGCGAUCUCCCUCAAAGCCAACAUCCCUGAGGUAGAGGCUGUUGUCAACACAGACAGAAGUUUAGUCUGUGAUGGGAAAAGAGGCUUGCUGACCAGACUACUUCAGGUAAUGAAGAAGGAGCCAGCAGAAUCAUCAUUCAGAUUUUGGCAAGCGAGGGCAGUUGAAAGUUUCUUACGAGGCGCUACUUCUUAUGCGGAUCAGAUGUUCCUGCUAAAAAGAGGGCUCCUAGAGCAUAUUCUCUACUGCAUUGUAGACAGCGAAUGCAAGUCACGAGAUGUGCUUCAGAGUUACUUUGAUCUUCUGGGAGAACUAAUGAAAUUCAACAUAGAUGCUUUCAAAAGGUUUAAUAAAUACAUCAGUACAGAUGAAAAGUUUCAGGUGUUUUUGAAUCAGAUCAACAGCUCACUGGUUGAUUCCAACAUGCUGGUUCGUUGUAUUACUUUGUCUCUGGAUCGAUUUGAGAGCCAGUCAGACAUUAAAGUUGCAGAAGUCUUGUCCGAGUGCCGCCUGUUAUCCUACAUGUCACAGAUGUCCAUGAGGAUGUCCUUCCUUUUCCGGCUCAUUAAUAUUAUUCAUGUACAGACGCUCACGCAGGAAAAUGUAAGUUGUCUGAACACAAGUCUAGUCAUCUUAAUGUUGGCCCGAAGGAAGGACAAACUCCCCUUCUAUCUUCAGACACUUCAAGAGAUGGAAUACACCAAGAAAUACCCUGGGUUCAUCCUGAAUAAUUUUCACAGUCUUCUGCGUUUCUGGCAACAGCAUUACCUCAAUAAAGACAAGGACAGCACCUGCUUAGAAAAUAGUUCAUGUAUAAGUUUUUCCUACUGGAAAGAGACUGUAUCUAUACUCCUUAGUCCAGACCGGACAUCACCUUGUGCCAUAGUUAGCUACAUUGAUGAGGCAUACAUGGACAUUGACAGAGAUUUCACGGAAGAGUAAUUCUUCAGGCUCCGGCUUCCAAUGGACUGCGCUUCAGAGGGAGUCUUGCAGACAAUGGAUUUUCAGGGAUAUGCUGUGUGCACAAGCUUGGAACUAUGGAAUGUUACCAUGUUAAAGUUUUCUCUCUCUACCCCCUGCUCCGUUUUGAAGAGCAAGACUUCACCAACUUCCUAGGCAACAUAUUCAGGGAUGCUUGUGUUCUGUAAGAAAUUGUCUGCAAAAAGCCAAGUCUUUUUGAGCUUGAUAGAUGGGAUCCUUCAGAUGUGCAGUGGUUAGCUGUGGCUUUUUCUCCAGAAUUUGAUGUUAAAACCGCAGGCAAUUUCUUGGGACAUCUAAACAAGUCAAUUUUGAUGGGCACACCAAAUGCACACCAGCCACACUUAAGCCACCUUUAAAGGUUUUUUAAAAAAUAUUAUAUGCUUUUCCUUUGCAUUGGGAUUUAAAAUUGAUUGUGUGUGAAUUUUGUUCUUAAAUUCUUGGAAAUAAUAGGUCUCUUCACCUCUUUGCAAACUACUUUCCUACAAAACUUGUGUUCAAGCCCCUUAUUUUAUCAUCAUUGUGGUAUUGCAUUCAGAAGUAUUUCUCUCAGUUCCGUGGAAAUCUCUUGUCUCCAGCUGAUUUUACAGUGUUGUCUAGAACAGGCAUGCAUUGUGGUGAUGGGAUUAGUCUUGGGAGCCUAACUGUGACUAGGCACUAAUAAAUUAAAAUUAACUGAUUUUUUCCCCUAAAUGUUGCAGCCUGACCAUUUUGUCAACAAAUAACCAAUACUAGUUGAGAGUUUCCUUCUGCAGUCCUGCUUUGCCUGAACAUAAAAUCCACUCUUGCUAUUUGGGAACCUAACACUGCAGGCUAAAAUGGCAAAAUUAACACCCUUUAUUCUGAUUUUAUUUAUUUAUUUAUUUAUUGUUCCUGAAGUGUAAUAGUUACUGGAAUUGGCCAAUCUUUUCCUAUUGAUACCUAUAUUAAAUGCUGCCCAGUGGUUUUGGUUUGAGACAAAUUGUUCAACAGAAUCUGAGUUUGCUGUUGUAAUUGAUGGCAUUUAAACAAAUCACUUGGAAUAUAGCUGAUGUUUGAAGCCAGAAACCUUCUGGAAUGAACAUUUCAUUGCAGUACUUUAAGAAACAUUAGCAGUUUUGAAUUGAUUGUCCCUUAAUGUGUAAAUUUACAGUUCUGGAACACUUUGCCUAUAGCAGAAUAUAUCCCUGAAAAGUCUCGAAGUUAGAAUGUUUGUGGUAUUUGUAUUCUAACAUAAGGCUUUUCCUGUGUGAAGGAAAAAUCAAUGUCAGAAUCAGCCUUAGUUAACAAAGGUAAUGUCCAGGCAAAUUAAUUAACAGUAGCUAGGAAUGAGGAGUAGUUGACCAUGCUCCUCAUCAUCUUUGCCCUGCACUUCUUGCUGCACCUUAUUUUCAGGUAAAGUCAUGGAAAGAACAGCUAGGCUGUAACUGGUUUGGGUACAGAUACUAUUUUAAUUUAUUGGAAUAUUUACCUUUUUAAAAAAAGACUCUUGCUUCCAGACUAAAAGGUGUAGUACUAUUCUUUUACAUGCCUGGUUGCUUUUUGGUUUAAAUAAUCUAAUUGGUUGUGCAUCCAUUGUGGAACAGCACAGCACGUUAUUUUAAGACUGACCCAGUCUGUCUUAUCCUUUGUGGUUUGUCAGAAAUUAAAAUGGAAACCUGGGAGCAAAUUAUGUAUCUGCUGUGCAGGAGCAACCGACCCACAUCCUUGAAAUAAUUUUUCAGGAUAUGUUUAAAAUUUUUGGCACUCUAUGAGCCACUAUUAUAUUAGCUAUGCCCACCCACAUGCUUCUAGCAGAUAUCACACAAUAGUCCAAAUGUUGGGAUAGCUUUUGAUAAGACAGUUGCCUCUAAGUUGUAAAACUUUCCUUUUUGAGCUCAUCCCUUUUUAACCCUCCCUCAGUUCUAGGUUAUGUUUGUGCGCUGAGUCUGUAAAUGUAGUAGCCCUACACUUCAAAAUAAAUGAUAAGAAUUAAAAGGCUCAAAUGAGUCUGAAUGCUUUUUGAGUAGUUUUAACUAUUACAUGCAAUCUGCAAAAGAACAUACUAAAGCUUAAUUCUCAUUGCUGUAUGUAAAAUAUUUCCUUGCCAUUGAAUGGUCAGGCUGCUUAUUAUCCUUUUUAUAGAUUUGUCUUGAGUGAGACUGAUUUCACUAGGGAAAAUUCUUUAGCUACUCCUGGGGGUGGCUUGGUAUCACCCACCAUGCUCCAGUAUUUUUGUCAGUUUAUUGGGCCAGGUAUAAGGAACCUGUAGCCCUCCAGAUGUUGCUGAACUCCAGCUUCCAUCAUCCUUGGCCAUACUGGUUUGGAUUUAUGGGAGCUGGGGUCCACCAACAUCUGGGGGGUCACAUGUACCCUGUCAUAGGCAACUCCAAGGAGUUGAGUUUUUUUUAACUCAGGCUGCACCAUUUGCCUUUUAGUUCUUACAGGGAGCUUAUAUGUCAAAGAUCUCUCACCACAGCUUCUCCUGUGGAAUCUUGUCCGCAAAUGUUUAGAGACUGCAAUAAUAGGCUUGGAUUAAAUAUAAACUGUUUCAAGGAGUGGUACUCAUAAGUGGCACAUGUGGCUGAAAAACUGAAGAGGUCACUAUUAGCUGUGGUGGCUUUGGUUUGAAUUUGUAAUCGUUAAAGGAAUGGAACCGAUGUGUGGCAAAAGGGUGGGCCCUACCAGGCCAGCAAAUGCUCCUGGAUUAAUGGAUUAAUGUUCAUGCUGCCCAGAUUAAUGCUGAUUUACUAACAGCACAUAAAUGUAUUAAAUGGAAACUAUUAAAAUAAUUUUAUUUAAAAAAAA